AUUGUGCUCACGAAUGGAUAUGAAAUGAAUCAUGACAAUUCUCACAUCAAAUUAGAGUUGUGUGAGUUUUACUCUCUUUUCAUCAAAACGACUCUUUCUUACUCGGGAAGUAGCUUUUGUAAAGAACAACAACAAAUAUCUAUAGCUUUGGGGAUUCACAACAUUAUUCAGGAUCAAGAGGAUAAUACGUAUCAGGAAAUAUGGAAAUGGAGUCAUGUGUGCCUCCCGGCUUUCGAUUUCACCCCACCGAGGAAGAACUGGUGGGCUACUAUCUCAAGAGGAAGGUUAACUCUCUCAAGAUCGAUCUUGAUGUGAUCAUCGACAUUGAUCUCUACAGAAUGGAGCCAUGGGACAUUCAAGACAAGUGUAAACUGGGAUAUGAAGAGCAGAAUGAGUGGUACUUCUUCAGCCACAAGGACAGGAAGUAUCCGACUGGGACGAGAACCAACAGGGCGACGACUGCUGGUUUCUGGAAGGCCACGGGAAGGGACAAGGCAGUGCUUUCAAAGGACAGAAUCAUAGGGAUGAGAAAGACCUUGGUGUUCUACAAAGGACGAGCACCCAACGGUAGGAAAACCGAUUGGAUCAUGCAUGAGUAUCGCCUCCAGACAUCUGAACAUGCUCCUCCUCAGGAGGAAGGAUGGGUCGUUUGCCGAGCAUUCAAGAAGCCAAAUCCAAGUCAUAAACAAGGUUUUGAAGCUUGGAACAACUCUUACUAUAUCAGGAAUAGCAGCAACUACAGGCUCCCAUCAUACCCAGGCACCUCAACUACUCAGAUGAAUAAUUUCGAUUCGUCCCUUAUUCAUCAGCCAUCGUUUCCACCGGAGUGUCUCAAGGCUAGCCACAGCCCUUUUGAAAGCCAAGUGGUUGAGCUUCCAAAGCUCGACAGCCCUUCGAUUUCAACGAGUUUUGCAACGAACGAUACUAAUUUCGAGCAUAGUUUUGUAGCCAAUGAGGAGACUGAAGAUGAGAAGAGCAACUUUGGGAACCAAUUCAGUGAUUGGAAUAAGCUGCUUGCAACUCAAGUCACUGGAGUUCCAUCACAUGCAUACACAGACAUGCCCUUACUCCCCCACAGUGAUGAUGAGUUAGAUGCUCAAAACCAUUUAAGUCAUGUACUUGAUCAAUGCUUUCCUGACUUGUAGCUAGAUAGAGUUUUUAUUUAAUAAUUUGUAAAAAUAACAGACUUUUGUCCACUGAAAAUCCAUCAAAGGGCAAGCUUUUC